GAAAUUCAGAAGAAGCGAGCGGGUAGUUUGGUUGACUCCACAGUGAGUCACAUGAGUCGAAUUAGAUCCAGUCACAUGAGUUGUUUUCGUUGUGUAUUUCCGGGAUAGAGAGGAGAAUUUGAAUGGUUUAUGGAACCAUCUUUGUUCCUAGAUUGAGAGAAUAUCCAAUGGAGCAAGAGGGAAGGGAGGAGGAGCAGCCAUCAUCGUCGCAGAGUGACCCUGCACCUACCAGCGACCACAAAGACUUUGCUUCUACAGACUCCAGUUCAUUGUGUGCAGAAUUAAGCCCUCUGGAGGACAUAGUAUUUGUGGAUAAGCAGGCUGUUGAGAAGCUAACCAGUGGACUCAUCUCUCAUUACCUACCUGACUUGCAGAAUUCAAAACGGGCCCUUCAGGAAUUAACACAAAAUCAGGGGAUAUUGCUUGAUACACUGGAACAAGAAAUAACAAAAUUCAGAGAGUGCAAUUCGCUGCUGGACAUGCAUUCACUGUUUACAGAGGCAAAGUUCUACCAUAACAAAUUAGUGAGCAUACGUAAGGAAAUGUUGAUGCUUCAUGAGAAAACAACAAAACUAAAGAAAAGAGCUUUGAAGCUUCAGCAGCAGAGACAGAAAGAAGCCCUUGAAAAAGAGCAACAACGCGAGAAGGAGCUUGAAAGAGAGAGGCAACUCAUUGCAAAACCUGCCAAAAGGACAUAGGUCCACCUAUAACAAGUGUGGACUACUGUCAUUGACAUUAGUUUUAUGUGUCCAAGGAAGCUGCCAGAAUCGUGCCUCUCAUGACAAACUAGUGGUGUAUUCCACAGGUAGCAUUGUAUGUAGAAGCCACUAUAUGAGGUUCUGCAUCCACUCAAACAGCCCUGCAAACAGUAUUACUGUAAGUAAUACUAUUUUAGAAAUAAAAAUAUUUAUUGUCUGGAAUUCAUUUCCUUGUUAACUGAUUGAAGUUUUAAUGCCCCAAUGGUACCUGCACUCUGUAUAUCUUGAAAAAUUCAACAAAAGUUUCAACUGGUAUUACUUUGUACUUGGGCCUAAUUAACAUUUUAAUUAAUAUGAACAUUUAUUCUGCUAUUGAGACCCAAGUAAUGUGCCAUAGAAGUGAGGAUACAACAUUUCUUACUGUGCCAGGUAUGAAGUACAUUAACAUAUCAGAACUUUGCAUAUGAUUUUUCAUUUUGUGUCAUUUAUGUUCUCCUAUUUUGAAAUAUUGCCCUUUAGGUUACAGGAUGCAAAGCUUGUAGAUUCCAAUCAUCUAAUGAAUAUCUAAUAAUUAAAAAACAGUUGUGUUGAA